UGGCUCUGCACUGCUGGUGCAAGGCAGUAUGGCAGCUGCAGGAUUUACAGAAGAGUUGACGUGUGCGGUGUGUCUGAGCUUGUACCAGGACCCUGUGGCACUGCCCUGCCAGCACAGUUUCUGUGCCAAAUGUAUCAGCGAUGCCUGGGACCAUUCGGAGUCCAUGUGUGGGGUCAACUGUCCUCAAUGUCGCCGAAACUUCAACCCCAGGCCCAGCCUGGUGAAGAACCACACUCUGCAGAACAUUGUGGAGAUGUACAGCCAGUGCCAGCCCACUGCCCCUGCUGCCGGGCCCAGUACCAUGAUGUGUGAGUACUGUAUCGACAGCCCAUCCCCGGCUGUGAAGACGUGUCUCAAAUGUGAAACCUCCUUCUGCUCCCACCAUCUGCAGCCGCAUCUGACCGAGCGGAUCUACAAGGACCAUGGGCUGAUCGAGCCCAUUGCCGACUUCACCACCAGGCAGUGCCCAACUCAUAAGAAGGUCCUUGUGUUCUACUGCGAGCAGGACAAGGAGUGCGUGUGUAUGUCCUGCACUGUCAUGGGGAAACACAAAUCCCACUCUCUGUUGACUGUGGAGGAGGCAAAGGACAAAAUCAAGGGGAAACUCCAGAGCGAGGGCAAUAAUCUUCGUGAACAUCAGGAUGAUUGCACAAGGAAACAGCUGAGCCUAAAGCAACAAGAAAGUGAAAUAAAGAGGCACAUCAAGGAGAUGAAGGAAAAACUGUUGACUGAGUUCUCCGGAUGGAGGAAGCAAUUGGAAGAAGAUGAGAAAACUGUACUGAAGAUGAUCGAUGAUGAGGAACACCGAGUGCUCUCCUGCAUCAAGAGCGAAUCUGACUCGUUGGUAGAAAAGAUGGAUAAACUUCAACUAAUAGACAAGGAAUCCCAAGACCAAGACCAGAAGGAUGCUCUCUCCUUUAUUCAGGACGUGAAGCAGCUCCUUGAGAGGUCCAACAUCUAUGCGUACAACAGAGUUUUUCAAUAUGGCACUGUGAAUCGAGGUCAAUACGUUGACUAUGUUGAUGACGACUAUAUUUUAUUGUCACAAGCACAUAGAAACACUACGUCUCAGGAUACCCGCGUGGACCUGUCCACCAUCACGGCUUCUUUCGAUAUGAAGAUGAACAAAUAUCAAAAGUACCAAAGAAGCAUCCUGGAAACUAUCGCUUCAAAAUCCCGUCAGUUUCACCAGUUACAAGUGCAACCAUUUGUCUCUGCAUGGGACAGACUGAGUUUCCCGAUACAAUGAAUGGUGCCUCGUCUGCCUUUGCGUGUGGAAUAUUACAGCUUCUGUCAGGGAGUAGUUCAGGUUUGCUGUACAAAUCUUACCAGCCGAGUGAAGAGAGA